AUGUGUUCACCACUGAUCGAUCGAUUUUCUAUAACACGAUCUUUGGAAAAUCUUUUUACACAUCGACGAAUGACAUAUAAAUUGACAGUUACUGAUUCUUCAACAAAUACAAUAUCUCGAAAAAAUAAAUCCAACGAUAUUGAUCAUUAUCAAUCAACAAAAUCUUGUCAAAAUAUGAAAUCAAUUAUUUCACCGAAAACGAUUACAGCGGAUUUUUCUGAUAUAGAAAGAAAUAAUAUUUAUGCUGAAACACCACCAAAAAUGAAAUCAACAACAACACUUAAAAAUGAUACAAAUCAUUAUAUACCAAUACGUCAACAACGACGACCACCUAUACCAGUUCGUACAGAUUCCAUGCGUAGUAUUGGUAGUACAACAAUUUCAUCAUUUUCAUCACAAUCAACAACACCAUCAAAUUCAUUUCGUCAUGAUUCAACAACAAUUAUGAGUCGAUCAGCUGAUGCAACAACAUCAUCAUGUGAAUUAAUAACACCAAUAAAAAAUGAUAUGAAUCAUUUGAAAUCAAAAUCAACAUGUGAUAUUGAAACAUCAAUUUUAAAUAAUCAUAAUAAAUGUUUAAAUAUGAUUACAAAUGGAAAUUUUGUACCAUUACAAGCAGUUAAAGAAGAUGAAUGUCUUGAAAUAGAUGAUAAAAAUAAUAAUAAUAAUAAUAAUAAUAAUGAAAAAUAUUCACAGAAUGAUAAUCGACAGCAACGUAUUGUUAGUGAUAUACUGAAGAAAAAAAAUCCAACAUCAAUGAUGUCAAGAAAUAAUGCAUUACAUCAACGUUCAUCAUCAACUGAUCCAACUGAUGAUGAAUUACCAAUAGGAUAUAUCAAUGGUUUCAAUCGUAAUAAUCGUGUUCGGUCAAGUCUUCCAUUUAUAGUUAAACCUGCCGUAAAUAAAUCAAAAUCAAAUUCACUUGGUCUUUGUUUUUUAAUUUGUGGUAAUGAAACAAAAAAAGUUCUUUUACCAGCUUAUAUUUCAUGUUUGGAUACACUUAAAGCCUUAUUUGUUCGAGCAUUUCCACAAUAUUUGACAAUGAAACAAAUGGAUAGUGAUUGUAUUCGUAUUUAUAUACGUGAAUCAGAUAAAGAUAUUUUUUAUCAAUUAGAAGAUAUGAGUGAUGUUAAAGAUCGUUCUAUAUUAAAAAUUGUUCAAUUAAAUAAUAAUAAUAAUAAUAAUAAUAAUAAGCCACAUGUUUCUUUUAAAGAACCUGAAAUUUAUGAAUUAUCAGGUCCUAUUAUUAAAAAUGAAAUGAAUUGUCAACGUUUAAAUCGUUUUGGUCUUACAUCAUCUACUAAUGGAUCUAUAGAAAAUAAAUCAAAUGAUACUUCAUCAUAUUCUCUUAAUGAUUUAAGACAUGGAAAUAUAUCUGUUGGUCAUACACAACCAGCUACUAUAUUAAAAGGUAUAUUAUCAUCACCAAGAAGUACUCCAACAACACCUCGAAAUGAUGAAGAAGCUGCUCGUACUAAAAUGGUAUCAAUGGAAAAACAACUUGAAUCAUUAACUGCAUUAGUUAAAGAAUUAACGAAUCCAAUAAAAUCAAAAACAGUAUUAGAUUAUUAUAAUAAAUCUUUACAUCAACAAUUACAUGAAUUAAAAAUCAAGACUCAUACAUUACGUAAUGAUUUAUUCUCAAUACGACGUAUGCAACAAUCCUUACAUGAAAAUUUUAAAAAUGAACUUGAACAAGCAAAUAAAAAAAUUCAAGAACAAUUUAUACGAUUAAAUCAAAAUGAAAUAAUUCGUCAAAUUAAAAAUGAAUUUGAUUUAUAUGUUAAUAAUCGUACUAAAAUUGAUCAAGAUCUUGAAGAUUUAGAAUUAACAGUUGAAGAAUUUCAAAAUGAUGUCAAAUUCAAACAAUGUUAUGCAAAAAUAAAUGAUGUCGAAAGUUUUGCAUUAGUGCUUAGUACAAUAAGUCGUUCAUUAGUUGAUUUAAAAACUACUUUUCCUGUAUUACGUGAAAAACUUUCUUCAUGUAAUCAACCAUUAAUAAUAAAAUUUUUACAUGAAGAACCUGAAUGUCUGGAUUAUACAAUUAAAAAAUGUAAACGUUUAACAACAAUGCUUUAUCAACUAAAACAAUUAGCAUGUAAUCAACAAAAUAAAUCAUUACGAAAAUUUUCAUUGAAUAUAAAUGAAAAAUUAGUUGAUCGAAAACGUUUAUUAGAAGAAAUUCAAUCGAUAACAUUAAAUUCUGAAGGAAGAAUUAAAGCUAUUGAAAAAGCAGAAAAAAUACGAGAACGUCGUUUACAUUAUGAAAAUCAAUUAGAAAAUCUUAAACAAAUAAAACCAAAUUCUGAUCAAGUCAAUGGAUAUUUUGAUAAUCGAAGUUUAACAAAUUCUUUAAGUACACGAACAAGUAUAUGUUCAACUGAUUCGAACAAUUAUUUAUCUCCUUCAUCAUCAUAUGUACUUCGACAAGCAUUAAUAAAUUCAUCAAUAAUAAAUGAUUCGAAAACUCAUUUACAAUCAUCUAUAAAACCUACAUCAAAAGUAACAUUUUCUCAACAAUUAAUAACAAAUGAUAAAACAUCAUUAAUAAAUAAAAAACCUAAACCAAAUCCUCCACCACGUAUUCAAAGUACACCAUCAUCAUCAAUUAUAUCAAGUGCAUCAUCAAGUUCAUCAACAUCAUCAUCAUCGACAAAUGGAAAUUCACGUUUUUGUGGUAUUAUACCAUUAUUAUCAGUUGAUCGUCGUCUUAAUGGACGAUGUUAUUCAUUUUCAUCAUCAAGUACUGAUACAGAUUCAAUUGUAUCAAAUUCUCAUAAAUCAACAAAAUUAAUUAAUACAAAAUCUCAUCAAACAACAUUAAUGCGUGCUUCUGUUACUGAUUUGUAG